AUGGAAACCCUCAGCCUCCUCAAGUAUUGGCACGGCGCCGCCGCCGCCUCCGCUCCCAUUGUCACCGCCACCGCCACCGCCGCCGCCGUGGAGACCGACGAAAACCAUAACGACGACGAGGAGGACGACGAGGGCUCCUUCUUCGACCUCGAGUUUGCCGUCCCUGCCGACGAGGACGCCGUCGACAGGGAGAGCUCCGCCGCGGAGUCGGACGACGAGGCGGAGGGGGAGUUCAACUUCGACGUCUCCGGCGAGGGGCCCCGCUCCGGAGCGCUCUCGCCCUCCGACGACAUCUUCUUCAAGGGGGGGAAGCUCGUCCAACUGGAGCCCCCCUCCGUCGUGAUCGCGCCCUCGGAUUCCGAUCCGAAGCCCCAGCUCCCCAUCUCCCUCCUCAAAUCCGCCACCAAGCUCCGCGUCUUCAUGCUGGGGCUCCGCAAGUCGAGAUCCGCCGCCGCCGACGAGCCCGAUGGCGGCGCCGCCGCCCCUGCGGCGACGUCGCCGAAGCACCAGGGCCCGAGCAAGUUCUUCGUCAGAUUCAAGGUCGAGGAGGUCCCGAUCGUGUCCCUCUUCACGCGGGACAACAGCUCGAGGGUUUCCGCGAGCAAGGAGGCGAAGCCCGCGGAGGACGCCGCGGCGGAGGAGACGAGGUUCGCCAAGGAGGCGGUUAAGAGGUACCUCAGCAAGAUCAAGCCGCUCUACGUUAGGGUUUCUAAGAGGUACACCGAGAAGCUUCGGUUCGCAACGCACCCGCGCUCCGGGGGAUCGGCGGCGGCGGCGGCGGCGGCGAGGAUCGUCGCCGGAGGCGAAGGGGACGAGACGGACGGGGAGGCGGAGGGUGCGGGGCCGGCGCCGCCGCCUCACACGGCGCUGGUGGCGUGCGGCGUGAAGGGGCCGAGGGCGAGCGUCCCCGCGGGGCUGAGGGUGGUGUGCAAGCGCCUCGGGAAGAGCCGAUCAGCGUCGGCAGCCGCCGAGGCCGCGCCGGCGCGCCGCAGCCGCAGCCGCAGCCAGCGCCCGCCGCUCAGCAGCGGCGGCGCGACGACUCGCUUCUCCAGCAGCAGGACGGCAUCCAGAGCGCCAUCGCGCACUGCAAGCGCUCGCUCAACUCCCCAGAGGUUCGGAGUCCGCGUUGGUGCGGUCGAUGAGCGAUCCAGGCGAUGGAAGAUCGGAGAUCAUCGAAAACGGCUCUGA